GCACCUUUCUCUUGGAUAUGCUCUAAUUCUAUUUCUCCCCUGAACCCAAUCAUAUUUUCCCAAAUCAUACAGUCUUUGCCAAGUUUUGCUCUGAUCAUCUCAUGGGUUCAAUUGGGUUCUCACUGUUUUCCCCAAAACUUUACAAAACCCCCGGCUACGGCGGUGGUGCUACGGCGGUGGCAACGAUGGCCUACCCCGCUGUCGGCGCCACCGGUUGUGCAACAAAAUCCAAUUUAGGUUUCAAAAGCUUGAUGGAGAGUUUCACUGUGGACAUUCAUCGAGCAGAUGGCAGGCAAUUAAACGUCCCACUGAUUGCACCUUUUACGAUUGCGACAUCGAGGCUUGAGGGAGUGGAGAAUGUGGCGGUUCGGGUGGAGUUGAGUAAUGGGUGUGUCGGGUGGGGCGAGGCUCCGAUUCUACCAUUUGUGACGGCGGAGGAUCAGAACACGGCUUUGAAGAAGGCAGGGGAGGCUUGUGAGUUUUUGAAGAAGAGUGAAGCGAUGAGUUUCGGUGAUGUGUUAAGAGAAAUUGGUCAACUUCUUCCUGGCCAUGAGUUUGCUUCUGUUAGAGCAGGGGUCGAGAUGGCUGUGAUUGAUGCAGUUGCUACGAGCAUUGGCACACCUUUAUGGAGAUUCUUUGGUGGGGUUUCGAAUACAAUAACCACAGAUAUUACAAUUCCUAUUGUUUCCCCAACUGAAGCUGGUCAGUUGGCUUCAAAGUAUCAUAAACAAGGGUUCAAGACUUUGAAGCUUAAGGUUGGCAAAGAUCUGAAUGCUGAUAUUGAAGUGCUUCAAGCUAUACGCAUGGCCCAUCCUCAUUGUCAAUUUAUCUUAGAUGCCAAUGAGGGCUACACCUCCUCGGAAGCUAUUCAAGUUCUUGAAAAAUUACAUGAAAUGGAGGUGACUCCUAUUCUUUUUGAGCAGCCAGUUCACAGAGACGAUUGGGAAGGUUUAGGCCACGUCACCCGAGUUGCCAAAACUAAAUAUGGUGUUUCGGUUGCUGCUGAUGAAAGUUGUAGGAGUUUAGCCGAUGUUAAAGAAAUAGUGAAACGACAACUUGCAGAUGUCAUUAAUAUUAAACUUGCCAAAGUAGGUGUCCUAGGGGCUCUUGAAAUUAUUGAUCUGGCAAAAGAUUCAGGACUCGAUUUGAUGAUUGGCGGAAUGGUUGAGACCAGACUUGCCAUGGGCUUUGCCGGUCAUCUUGCUGCUGGUCUAGGGGGUUUUAAAUUUAUCGAUCUAGAUACACCACUUCUGCUGUCUGAAGAUCCGGUUUUUGAGGGUUAUGAAGUUUCGGGUCCCACUUACAAGUUCACAAACGCUAGAGGCCAUGGCGGUUUUCUUCACUGGGACAAUAUUGCUUGAUAAAACUAAAGAGGAUGGAUGAGUCGAUCUUAGAGACCGAACUCACACUAUGUAUCAACUUUCGGUAAGUGUCCAUGUUUAUGUUCUACAACAUCUAUUUUUUGCUGCCAAUGAAGUGGGCAGUUAUUCGUACUUGUACUCUAUGGACCAUCUUAUUUGUAAUGGUUAUGAGUCAGUUUCUGUCACAUAAUUUGAAACGUUUGCCAAUGACUU